AUUCUCGCCAGCCACAGUGCUUUGGUAAUGGCGGGCAUGGUAUAGUGGAGUGGGUGACGAUGGGAGAACUAAGUGAUGGUUACAAAGCUGUCUUACCACCGGGCCCAACAUGCUGUCAUGAUGUGUGGUCGUCCAGUAGCGCAAACCACUUACAAGUAGCAGCCAAGUCGCCAUGGCCGACGCCGAGGCAGAGAACAAAGUAAAAAGUGCCAUUGAAGUCUGCGCCACAGCACAAGCGAUGAUUGAUAUUAAUUCCGAGCAUCUCGAAGGUCUUCGAACACGGUGUGAGACCAGCGCAGAAUUAACGCAACAUGAAAUACGAGCUCUCGAAACAAAACUCGUCAAGCUAUUCAGCCGCCAAGUACUGGCGAAACAAAAGUGCAGUGAAUGUGAAAAUGCUUCGGAACUCAAGAACUACCCAAAACUGGUCCUGUGGCUCAAAGUUGUUGGUCUUACGCCCAACUCUAUUCAGGGGCUGUCCAACAAGUUCACAACAUUCGAUGACAUGCUUGAGAAGCCUGAACAAGAGAUCAAAGGCUACCUUAAUGAUGUCAGUGCCCGGGAAGAGGAGAAACGGCGAUUCCUCAUUGCCAUGCGCAACCUCAAGACCUAUACUGAACGGCAACUUCAAGGCGUGGCACCAAGUGCCGACACCGACCUGCACUGGGACUCGUGGGAUCGGGCCGGUGUGUCUCAGCUGCCCCGACGCACACACACAUCAGUGCCCUCUGAGGAGCUAUGCUCUUCUUUCGGUGGCACGCACUUGGCCCCUUUUGGAGGCACCCUACGGCCUCCUACAACGCCCCCUGCAUCUCGGAGGAGAGUAGGUGCUGGCGGCAGUCCCAGUGGGAGCCUUGUAGCCCUGCCCGAUGCCCUGCCGCCCCUGACCAAGAGCCGUUCUCAUGAGGCGCACCUCGAAAACAGACUCGACCUGGGAUCAGACAACAACAGUGUAGCGUUGCGGCAGCCCCCCACACUGCCGAACGAUGGUGGAUUACGGAGACGCCUCGCCACAGAGCCUGGACUGGAACUGGCCAACUGCUCACCACUUUCGCCAAGUCGAUCGCCACCAUUUGUAUCCCCUGACCAGCAGGGAGAUUCGUGCUUUGUGGAUGAGCCUGCCACUCAACCUGUUGUUCCCAGGUCUCCACGAAUGCAUGGAAUGGCCCAUGCUAUUCACCACAGGUUUACAUCUAGCGUCAAAGUCACCACCUGCCAGCAGUGUGACAAGGCCAUGUUCUUUGGUUACAAGUGCAAGGAAUGCAAGUUCCGAUGCCAUCGUGACUGUAUGGAGAAAGUGCCUCCCUCGUGCGGAUUGCCAAACGAACUGGUGGAUGUCUUUGCAGAGCACAUUCAGAAAGGAGGCAUGCAGUCCCCCAACCAUGCAGCGGCACACCUGGGCAACAGUCCCUUGCAUGGAGGCAGUAGUUUGCGCUCCGAGGGGAGCCGCGGGGGGCGGCCCGCCAUCUGCCUGCCCCCGUUUCAUGGUGCAGGGGGCCCCGACUCGUCUUCCUCGUCCUGCAACUCAUCGACGCCCUCGUCGCCGGCCUUCCUCAUGGCAGCCUCGCGGCAGAACACGCCUUCCUCGGCCUCCCGCCCACAGCAGUUCCAUUUUCCUGAGAUCUUGUCUUCUGAAAAGGAAUUAUCGGCUCCAGUAUCAUCGCUUGUCCAGUCUGACGUGGUGGAAACGAUUAAGUCCACAGACAGUGACAGGACAGUGUCUGGUACAUCGGGAUCUGGAAGCAUAAGCACGGAUUCUGAGAAAACACUGGCCUCAACAAGAGUGGACUCGCAGGACAGUCAAGUCUCGGAUUUGGAUCCGACUGACAGGCUCUGGCCGCGGCAAAAUAGUCUUUCUUUGCGGGAGUGGGACAUUCCUUUUGAUGACGUCCAAAUCAAGGAAAAGAUUGGUGAAGGCCGCUUCGGGAGCGUCUACAAGGGCAGUUGGCACGGAAGUGUUGCUGUGAAAAUGCUCAAUAUGGAUCACAUAGAUGACAGGAAAACGCUGGAAACAUUUAAGCAAGAGGUUGCAACCUUCCGUAAGACGAGGCACGAAAACUUAGUCCUCUUUAUGGGUGCCUGCAUGAAGCCACCAAAGCUUGCUAUCAUCACGAGUUUAUGUAAAGGCAUGACCUUGUACAGACAUAUUCAUCUACGAAAGGAUAAGUUCAACCUCAACAGGAUUAGUGGCAUAGCCCUGCAGAUUUGCCAGGGGAUGGGCUACUUGCAUGCCCGGGGCAUAGUUCACAAGGACCUCAAGACGAAAAACAUCUUCUAUGAAAAUGGGAAAGUGGUAAUCACCGACUUUGGCCUCUUCUCAGUGACCAAGCUCUGCCAAGGAAACCGGAAGGGAGACUGGCUGACGAUUCCCCAGGGUUGGCUCUGCUACCUGGCCCCCGAAGUAGUACGUUGUCUACGAGCAGGCAACCAGCAUGACACUGAUGACCUCCCUUUUGCCACCGCCUCCGACAUCUAUGCCUUUGGGACGGUAUGGUACGAGCUGUUGUGUGGGGAAUGGCCCUUCCGAGGUCAACCUUCCGAGUCCAUCAUCUGGCAGGUGGCCAAGGGCAUAAAGCAGUCACUCGCCAAUAUCCAAGCCUCACAAGACAUCAAGGACUUCCUGAUGGUGUGCUGGUCGUACAAGCCCCAGGAUCGGCCGGCAUUUGCCAAGCUGCAGGUGCAGCUGCAGAGGCUGCCCAAGAAACGUCUCGCCCGGAGCCCGUCGCACCCGACUCACUUGUCUCGCUCGGCCGAGUCGGCAUUUUAGGUGCUGGCCAUGACUGGCGCUUCCUCGUUCCUUCUACUGUGCUCUACCUUCAUGACCUCCUUAUCAUUUGACGACCUCUCAAAAACAGAUAUGUUUGACGUGUAGCUAAGCUGCCUAGACACAAUAAUGCUCAUUAUUUAUAAGAAGGAAGCUUUACCUCCAGAGCUCCUGAGUACAUGGGGAGGGAGAAAUUGUUUUCCUUGGCAUUUGCUUCACCAAUUUUAAUUAGGUUUGUUGCAUUUUAAUAGUAAAAGUUAGCCUGCCAACUGUGGGAAGCAGAGUUUUAUUUACGCUGUCAACUUUCUUACAAAAAAAAAAAGAAUGUUGAAAAUCACGAAAUCGAUGUAACUCAAGCACAUCGUUUAAAACUCUGUAGCUUGGCAAUAAACAGUGAUAUCACAGUUCUGUAAACUGUUGUUAUUAAUACAUCUAAAAUGGAUGAAAUUGGUGCAUUAUGUACCACUCUGAAAUAUACACCACUAAUUUGUUACUUUUACAAAACGCUCCUAAAUAUGGUAAUAAUUUCGCAUAAACUGUAAAUUCAGUUAAAUCUGUUCGUUUUAGAUGCUUUAACAGAUAUGGCUUACAAGACUGCAAUAUCUGUUUUUGGAGCAUUGUUACGGACUUUCUUUGUCUGCUUUAUUUUUUAUGCUUAACAAUUUUUGAAGACCUCUUUAUGAAAAUAUUUGAGGCCCUAAAUAAAAACUUUUCUUCUUGCAGUUAGCAGAAUAACGGUUUCUCUCUGAAAUGCAACAAAGUUCAUUGAAAUUGGUCUGGCAGUUGUCUAAUCAGGGCACUUGUGCAUUUCACGUUUAGGUAUUUGAAUGGAGAAAUUGGAGUUUGCCUCAUGGUAGAGCUUCCCCUUAAGGUGCCUGUUAAAACGACACUAAUAGGGGGGAAGUGCUGAGUCAUUUUAGGAAAACAGGACACUGGAUGAUUUGUUAGUUUGUAAUCACUGGCUGUGAAAACAAGUGAUGACAAAGGAGAGGUACAGUAGAAACUUAAUGAAACAAACUUAGAUACAUUCAAACCGCAUUAUAAUUAAAGUCACAUCUGACACGAAAAUAUGUUUGUUAUAUGUUAUAUCCAUUAUGAGCAUAUAUUUGUUACUUGAUAAUAUUGAUAAAAGUAGAUUUCAUUUAUUUAGUUAUGUUCUAUAAUUGGUUAAGUCCAUGUUAUUUGUAUCUAGGUCCAACUUGUAACAAAUUAUUGAAUACAUAUAGUGAAGUUAGCCUUAAGCAUAUCAGCAUGUAACGAAUAUGAGAUACAAUAAACGUAUUAGGUACUGCGGAUGUGACUUUAUUAUGAAAAGGUUCAACUGUACAAGAUCAACAGGACACAGCAACUCUGCAGUCUUGCCAGUUUGUCUUUCCUUUGAUAUCAUUUGUUGGCACAGUGGACAGUCCCGUCAUUUCUUGCGUAUUGCCUUUGUGGUCAUUUAUUUGCACUGAGGUUGUUGUGAACUAAG